AUGGAAUCGUUCCGUCCCAUAAGUCUUGCCCGGGUCCACACACUCGGGCUGGUGCCCACUUUACUUUCUUGCGCUCGCUCUUUCUGCUUUACUGUCUCACGUAUGCCUGAUAGCGAAAGCUUUCCUCCUAUGGAUUUCGCUGAGGAUGCGAUGGAGCGCGCUGCGGCCGAGCGCCACUUGGUCCGAAAGCUCGAUCUGCGGUUGCUUCCGACUGUGUUUAUCCUGUUCAUUUUGAACUUCAUCGACCGCACAAGCAUCACCACGGCUCGGCUGAAGGGCAUCCAGGUGGAUCUGCACCUCUCAGACUUUCAGUACGAUUUUGUGCUUGCAAUCUUCUAUGCGACGUACGCCCCGGCUCAAGUCCCCUCAAAUAUGGUGCGUGACGCACGAUCUCGUUUCGUCUCCGCCAGGCCUAACUGGGAUAAGAUUCUGAACAAGAUUGCGAGUCUCAUCCCAGGGAAGCGGACGCAGAGCUUGAGUGGGAUGAUCGCUUGUAGGCUUUUUCUAGGCAUUCCAGAAGCACGCCGUUUCUCCAUUUUUCUUUCUUUCCGAAUGACGCAGUCGUUUCGACAGGCUGCAUUUUAUCCAGGAACCGUCUACUUGCUGUCAUGCUGGUACACGAAAAAAGAACUCGCACUGCGAUCAGCCAUUCUCUAUCUCGGGAUAAUUUUGGCCAAUGGGUUCGGCUCUUUCAUAUCUGCGGGCAUAUUCUCGGGGAUGGAGGGAGUACGAGGGAUACGAGCUUGGCAAACGGGAGCUUUUAAGGUUAUUUUACAUCGAGGCACGUUCUCCUUCAAUACUUUCCGGAGAACUCAGGCUCGACAGAUAUUGAUGUGUCCUAUCCAGGGAUCCGUCACUAUCCUAUUCGGGAUUCUGAUGAUGUUCAUUCUCCCCGAUUUUCCCCGGAACACUCGUUGGUUGAGCUUAACGGAGAGAAAACUCGCACAGGCGCGGAUCACGGAAGAUGCCGGGGAGUUGGACGCAGAUAGAGACACAGACACGUGCCAAGCUACUUCGGAAUCUGUGACCUCCAACGACUGAACGCUCGUGCAGGCCGUUGCGUGGCCUGAAACUGGCCGUCCAGGACUCCCUGGUGUGGCUCUUUUCCUUUUUCGGUUUUUGUAAUCUCCUGGGCCAGAGCUUCGGCGCUUUCUUCCCAACCAUCACCGCAACGCUAGGGUUCAAUGUCACAAACACACUACUGCUCGCUGCCGCUCCCUGGAUCGUGGCAGCGUGUUUGGCGUGCGCCAAUGCCUGGCAUGCAGACCGAUCGGGCGAGAGGUUCCUACACAUCACGGUCUGGUGGAUGUCGUCCAUCGUAGGCAUGAUCAUCUGCCUAUCUACGCAUGCGACGGCAGCGCGCUAUUUUGCGCUAUUCCUGAUGGCUUCCGCAUACGCUGGAAGUGCUUUGGUCCUCACCUGGACAGUGAACGUCGUCGCUCGACCGCCCGCGAAACGUGCUGCAGCCGUAGGAAUCGUCAGCGCGACUAACAACCUGGGAAAUUGUCUCGGCGCCUUUGUCUGGAAAAAGACGUGGGGACCAGAGUACCGACCCGCGAUGAGCAUCUGCGUUGCUGCGUUCUCGGUUGCUAUCAUUUCUGCCCUGGCGGCCCGGUGCAUCAUCAAGCGGAUGAAUGAUAGUCUGACGGAAGGAGCUGUCGCUUCGGGUGGUCCAGAACGCAAACGUUUAUAUUGAGCGAUCAGGAGGUCUAGCAAUCUACAUGCCUACUACAGAAUAGAUAAGGUGCUACUGGUACUCUACAUUGAUGAUGGUACACACAUAUAUAUACAACAAAGGAUUGUCAUAGCACGAGUGGUGGCGGUAUCAGGCGAUCCGCUGCAAGACUUGUAUAUGGAAUUGGUGCCAAUCAAUGAACGCAAGAGCGUCAGCGUCGACAUAUCGCCACUCGACAUCAUCGGCGGCCUGGCUGUCCAGCUCUUCCUCCAGCCAGUGCUCGAGCUCGAGGCAAACAGGUGUCGACGGGACGAGGCAGUCUUCGUCCUGCUGAAAGUCGUACUUUUCGGGUGCGACGUAGUAGAAGGACGAGGUCCGCGAGAGAGAUGGGAGCAGAGGCAGGAACGCCGGGGGAUUGCUGUACACAGAUGCGCGCUUAGCCGAGUGACGCCUUGAGAUGAUCGGGGAUUGGGGCCGA